CAAAAAACGUCAGGCUGUCAAAAUAUUUUCUUUUCCCGAACUGCUUGAAGUGUGAUCGCGUUUCACUAGUUUAAAUUAUCCACUGAAAACAUAAUUUCUCGUGAAAAAAUCCCAAAAAACUCCUUCCGAUUCGCCCCAUCGAUAGUGAUAGUCAACCACGGAAAAGAGUAGAAACACAAUUCAAUUUCGAUUGCGUUAGCUUGUGCAUAACAUCGGAAUAGUGAAAAGUUCAAGAGAGUUUAAAUCCUUGCUACGAAGCUGGAGCUGCGGCGUUCAUACGUAUAAGGCAAAAGUGUAUGAGAAUUCACUACCUGUGCUUGUGCAUCUCCGUGCGACUAUACGAAAGUGCAACCGAAAGCGAAUAAAAAACAGCGACUAGCGCUAGCUGGCUGGCUGACGGAAAAAAUAGUUGUGCUAGAUUUAAUUUUUUUCUCGCUUCGCUUCUAUUCAAUCCGACAUCGGCGUGAGGGCUAGCGGCCUUUCUCUUUCACCGUGAAGGUGUGCGACGAACGACAACAAAACAGCGGCGAGAGCACAACGCCCCGGCAGCAACCAACUCGGUCACCGCAAGUUUGGGACGCCUAGAAAGGCUCGUCUUCCACCUCCCAACUGAACCACAUACAUUCGCUUCAGCGAUGGCUGUGAGUUUUGUUUUGCUUUGAUGGUUUUUUCAUCUGCUAAGUAAACUACUACUGUGUGUAUUUGAUACGUGGGACACGGUCGUACGGAAGCGAAAAUAUUGUUCGUUUCAAUGUCGGGUUUCUAUUGCAACUUUUGACGAGGGCAGCAAGGUUGAAGUUAAGUUUUCUCGUGCAUUAUCAGUGUCGGGAUGUGGCUGUACCCGUUUCGAACAAGUGAAUAAUAUUGAAGAUCCGAACAACACUCGUGCUGACGUUCCUGUUGUGAUUUGUAUUUGAAACCAGUGCUAAUUUGUGAAUCAAAGUUAAUUGAAUGCCGUCAUCGUCGUCAUCAUCAUCAUCAUUGCCUGCAAACGUUUCAAUGCAGUAGAGCACAUUUUAUUCAUCGGGCCAAUGAAAAUCACAGCAGCUUCGAUGAGCACCUACCGGUAGAAAGCUCCAUCAACUAAUGCAGCGUUGAGGAAGAAUCCGCAAAUUGAACGUUAAUCUGCGGUUGUCUACCGUUUCUCGUAACGUUGCUUAGCAAGGUGACGUGACGUAAGAAGAAUGCUGCUCACGACAGAAUUUGCAUCUGAUGAUUUCUGGAUUUACUGCACUCUGUCACUGGUGACGAUGGUGACCCUUGUUACAACUCUGGUUUCAUGUCUCUGCUGUCGAAAACAGGAGAUCAAGAACGAUCUGCUCGGCUUGGAAGGUAUGGUAAAACUCACCAACCCGGACGAUACGCUAACCAGUCAGGGUACAAUACCAGGAACCGGGAUUCCUGGGACGACAAUCGCUGGCAUGGGACCGGAUCAGACCGAUUGCAGUGAGCCGGAGAGUAUUAGCAAAAGGGCUUCCAAUGCACCACAUCGCAGCCUACCGGAUAUUCCGGUGGUGGAACCAAUUGGGGACAACAACUCGGAACUGUACGCGACCGUAGGAGAUAAGGUGCAAGAUCUACCUCAGGGAAGAAGUCCAACUUCGAGCUUGAAGAAGCAGGCCAGCGUUUCGCAGCACAGUUCUAUCAGCCAGGCAGAUGAUAUAAGUUCCCCGUACGCACGGGUCCGAUCACCUCCACAUGCGUACGAUAAGCUACGAAAAGCAGAACAUCCGUAUGCGCAAGUAGUGCAGCCUGGAACCAGCGGAACAGCGCAGGCAGCUGAUUCUGCGGACGAUGAACUACUAAGUCCAAUCUCACGUCGUGGUGGAACGGGUACUGGACCAUCUGGAGCAGGAGGAGGAGGACCAAAUGGCAGGAGUUCAAAUCAAAAUUUAUUGGACGAACGGGAAGGUUCUUCAGUGGACAUUCCUGCUGCUUCUGCCAUAGCCGGUAGGGUAUCUGCCAGUCAAGAUUUACCAUACAUGACACCUCCAAUCGUACAACCCCCGCAACAUUUCAGCGGGGACUCACAGGACUCCUCAAAAGGCUAUACAAGCAUCAGUGUCCGGGAACCGUUGGCCAAUCUUUUACCUCAAACACAGAACCAAACCACCGCACAGAGACGCCAGAUGAUGGGUGACUCCCACUAUGCCACCGUGUCGGACGAUUCUGACGAAAUGUACGCAGCAAUAGAGGAUCCCAACAAUCAAGGCGACCAUUAUACCAGUGGUUCCGAAACGUACGCGCAAAUUCAACCACCGAACAUGGUUACGGUGUCGGUUGAAAUCAAUACUGGAGCUUCGAGUCGUCCGGCUGCCGGACACCAGGAAGACUCACUCGAUGCUCUUCAACCACUUCCAACGAACGUCUCCUCGGGCGCAAUGACGCUCCACAAUCGUCACAGUAGCUCCAGUGGGACAAAUAUCCCACCGGAAGAUGUUUCCUCGCAACCACCGCCACCUCCAAUCGACAGUCUUCGGGCCCACCAAUCCCACGUCGCAUAUGCACAUUCGCGACAAGCUUCCAGCUCGAGCUGUACCAGUUCGGUCGGCAAUCUUGGUUCACCGAAACCGGAGAAGCGUCAGGCCAAUUCGCCCCUUCCACCGACACCAAAGACAUUGAAGCACCAAACGACGAACAGCUUCUUCAGCAAUUCCAACCUCACCUCGAUCAGUUCGAACACAUCCACCCAGACCCAGGGUCAGUCCGGGCGCAAUUCGGUUGCCUCGGUGAUUGAGUACAAAAGCUCGCGGGAGAAUGUUGCCAUCGGGAAAACGGCAGACGAUAUGCAACAGAUGGCUAACGGAUCCGCCAUCAAACCGAAGAAGAGUCCCUCGAAAGAUCUGGAGGGCAUGUACGCUAAGGUAAUGAAAAAGAACAAACUUUCGAAAGCGCCAUCGCAGAACUCGAGCCCUAUUCCACUGCGCAAGGAAGGAACGGCACUGCUGGCGGACGUGGAACAAUUUCUAUCGGAUCCGGAGCUUGUUCAGCUAAACGGUGGUAACUCGCUGCAUGGAUCUCCCAGUAAAAAACCGCUGGCGACGAUUAACUCCGGAAACGACUACGAGACGUUAGAGAAAAAACCGAUGCGUCACCGCCAGCAGCAGGAUCCGGGCUAUGAGACAAUACCGGGUGACAGUGGUUCCGCCAGUAACACGCUGACCGAUUCAAGAAAAUCGGCAGACUAUUCACAGAUCCAGAAAAGAACUCAAGCCGUAGCCCAAGGGAUUCAAAGUGUUUCGCAGAACUCGCUGGAGAUAUUCCACGGAUUGGACAAACGGACGGACGGUGAACCGGGCUAUGAAAGUUUACCAGGCAGUCACGAUCCCGGUUAUGAAACGUUGAACCGAAACCGGGCGGAGUCGGACUCGGAUCCAAAUUAUGAAAUUUUACGACCCACCAGAGAUAACGAUGGAUAUUCUAGCAUUCGGGACAAGAGAACGGCCAAGAAUCGGUUGGAUUUUGGCAAAGACGAUGACAAUGACAGUACCCCUGGGUAUAGCAGUAUCAAGGAACGACUAGAUUACGAUCCGGGAUAUAGUGUAAUAUCAGAAAAGAAGAAACCACCUUUCGGGCAUGACUACGCCAGCAUAACGGAAGAAACGAAACGCAAAAAACAGAAUUUAAACAACAACAAUCCUGACCCGGGAGAAGAAUCCGACAUUUACUCCAGUAUCACGAACGCACCAAUCGUUGCCCAUGCGAAUGUCGGCAACAAUAACUACUCAACGAUCCCGGAACCAGCGAACAUAACUUCGUCACCCGGUUACUCAAGCAUUUCGGAAACCCGGACCACACCCUCCACCGACAGUACCAGUUCGCCAGACAACCUCAUCGGUUACGCAAAGCAGCACAACACCGCAACCAACAACAGCAACAGUCGGCUUUCGUCUAACUACGAAUCUCUGACCGGUAGUGAAUCCGACCCGAACUACGAAUCGGUCAAAUAUCUGAACGUACGGGAAAAUCCGUACGAACGCUUACACAACGAACCGGGUCAGACACCCUCAACGGGUGGACCAUCUCUGGCCGAAUCGCUCAACCGUUCGACUGAUUCUGCACCGUUCAGUCCGAGUCAGGCCGAUUCGGAUACGGUUUCGGUUGAGUGUCCAUCGGCGAGCACCAUCACCGUUAGCUCGAAAACACCGUCCGUGUGCGAGCUAGAAACGACCGGUGUCAGUGACUACUUUCAAGUCUGAUUCUAAUCCGGCGCGUCCGGUCGUUCGUUCGAGUCGAUCUAGAACGUAAGUAUUUUUUGGAAGUAUUUUUGUUUUGUGUGGCGGCACAGGUCAUCUGCGAAGCAGAUAGCGCCUACAAAAUAUAUUUAUAUGUUUAUAUUAUGCUUACUAGAACACAGAUGAUUAAUAUAUUCCAGAAUCAGUUAGGGAUAAUACGUAGGGUAAGCUCGGUUAGCACUAGUUUUGCUUUCAAGAAUGACGCGUAAUCGUUUCGUUUUGAUUCGCAAUUGUGUGCUGGAAUGGUUUUCCUUUCCAGCACCGGAAACAAUUCUAUGCUCUAAUCGAUAACGUGACUAUUUUUACCUAACACUGUCGGAAGACACUGCUGAUCAUUUUUUAAAAAUGAACUUGCAUAAUCUUAAGCAAAAAAUUAUUUAUCGUUGCUAACUAUUUCGCGCUCAUUGUGGUUAACUGCUCUUGUUUAGGAGAUAAACGAUACGAAAAUCGUUCAAAUUUUUGAAAAUUGUUUUUCGUUUCCUUUCGUCAAUAAAAUAAUGUUAAAUUGUAGUAAUUUUUUCUUAACCCCUUUGGAAAUCGAACACAAAUGAAAACAUUCCAACGUGCAAGUAUUUUGACUAGUUAAGUAGGAAUAGGAUAAGACAAGCUACUACCAAGUACUGUACUAUUUCGUGUUUAGCUGUGCUGUGUGGCACGCAAACCGGAAACUAACGAAUAACCCACAUGAUAACUGUGUAUUGUAUUUAGUCUGUAAGAGUGCAACCCAACACCAACCAACGAAACAUAAUGUUUUAUCAUAUUGUUUGUUUUUUUUCUCUGUGUAUACAUUCGGCAACUGACAUACCGGUUUGGUAUCGAGGAGAGCCGUUUUGAGUAACCGAACAACUCAAAAGAGUAGUAAACUUAUAUACUGACAAAGAAAA